AUGCCCCCCGAAAUCCACACCUGCACUCUCCACUACACCCAAACCCUCCAUCAAAACCUCUCUCAGCCCUCCAUCCGCAAACCCUGGUCCAUCUACCUGCAAACACGCACGCACUGGCACACGAUUGAAUUCCACGAGCAAGCGAUCCUCCAAUCACGACUGUCCUCGCACAGCCACUCCCGCGCGAAAUACUCCUCACGCGAUGUCUAUGAUUUCCAGCUCCGGGAACUUGGUGCGCCGCCGAAGAUCUGGAAACGCUGUCCCGAUUCGGAUACUGCGGAAGCCGAGGUGUCAAAGCUGGUGAAGGAAUUUGGGGGUGGUGAGCGAAAGUAUUGGGAUGAGGAGAUUGUUGCAGGAAUUUGGGGAGAGAGUGAGGAGGGGGGAAAUCCCGUCUCCCAAAUCCAACCCGGCAGCUCCCAAGAAUCCUGGAUCUGGAACGAAACCCGCACCUUCCUAAAACUAACCCAUCACUCCGGCCCCAACAAAUCAGGUCUCUACCUAAUCCCCAAUCCCUAUCCCUCCUCCUCCUCCUCCUCCUCCUCCCCCCAAGACCCCAUCCUCUUCUCCUGGACCCACGGCUCCCUCACCACCAAAGACAACACUCUCUACGCCCGUGGCAAAUGUCUCACUUUCUCCCCUCCUCCUCAGCACUCUUCUCCUCCUCCUCCCCCAGUACAUUUCCACCCCCUCCCCAAAGGUUCCCUUACCCCAAGUCCCCACUUCGCCGCUAGCAUCAAUCGUUCGCACUUCUCAAAACACUGGGAAGAAUACGAAGUCGACAUCAACCAACCCGCCAUCCCAUGCAUAUGGUGGGAGAAAAACAUCACCAUCUUGGAAGAUGGAGUGUUGUUGCGGGAAUAUGAGGAUUUGUAUGAGAGAUCGAAGGAAAAGGGUGGUCCGCAAUUCACCCCCUCCACUUUCCUCGCCCAAAUCUUCCACACAAUCAACACCAGCAUCCCCCCUUCAAAAAAGCGAGGUGGCAAAACAAACCCCCCCAACGACGACAACCACUCCAUCGACAUCUCCGAGCUCUACGAGCGCGGCCGACAAGAUCUCGAGCGCAGUAAACAAGAUCUCGCGCGUUCAAAACGUCGCAAGUAUUGUUUGAGAGAAUUAGCAUUAUCCACCUCUUCCUCCUCCUCUUCCUUUUCCUCUUCCUCUCAACCCCCCAGAUCGCAAUCCCUCCCCGCAAGAACCAGAACCAGAACCAGAACCAAAACCAGAAUCCCCCAAGAUUCCAUUCCUCCCAGUACUCACAGAGAAGAAGCAACCACGAAACCGAAAAUGUUGAACUCCGCUCCCGAUCGCAAUCAUGCGGUCCUUCCGAAGCGCGAUCCACCUCCAAACCUACACGUGAAUUAA